AUGAACAAGGUCGGGGAUACCGGCGAUGAAGAUGUCCUUGCUGAUCGCGCGUCGCAGUAUCUUUACGAUCGUCUGCUUGAGACCUCUCUUGACGAUGCGCUAGAGAUCUUGAGGAAUGUGCUUGUCGAGCACUACGGCGACGUCAACUUCGACCACAAGACCUACGAAAAGAUUGAGCGUCUUGUUGCCGGACAGGACGUGUACGAAACCGAUAUCGACACUUAUGAGCUCGACGCGCGUCUGGAGGCUGUCGUUAUCCACUUCCACUCUCCGUACCCCGAAGUUCGUGCUGUCACCGACCCGUUCGAUGAUCCCUCGAUUCCUGUCGAGACUCUGCGUGCCUACAUCAUUGGUGCUAUCUGGGUUGCUGUUGGCAGUUUCAUCAAUGAGUUCUUCAUCUUCCGUCAGCCUUCGCUCAAGCUUCCCUCGACCGUGAUCCAGCUCCUCUUGUUUCCUUCCGGCAAGCUGGCGCAGCUUCUUCCUGAUUGGGGGUUCACUGUCCGCGGAACUCGGUACUCUCUCAACCCUGGUCCCUGGACUUUGAAAGAGCAGAUGCUUGCAACAAUCAUGGUCAACGUCGGCUCGCAGUCCUCAAACUGGAUGAGCAUGGUCGUCGCUCUCCGCCACAAGCUCUUCUUUGGCUACAGCUGGGUCGGAUUCGGCUUUGCCUGGACUAUGAACUUUGCCAGUCUGUUCUUUGGCUACGGCUUGGCGGGAAUGAUGCGCAAGCUUGUCAUUUUCCCUGUCAAGGCUGUGUUUCCCAAUGUCCUGCCUACGCUUGCGCUUAGUCGGGCGUUGGUUGUCAAGGAGACAAAGACGUCGAUCAACGGAUGGACUAUCACCCGCCAAAAGUUCUUCUACCUUGUGUUCACGGCCUCGUUCUUCUAUUUCUUUGUUCCGUCGUUUUUGUUCAAGGCGUUGAGCGUGUUCAACUGGAUGACCUGGAUUGCGCCGCAGAACAAGCUAUUGGCGAUGGCGACGGGUUCUUACCUGGGAGUUGGAGUGAAUCCUAUUCCGACAUUUGACUGGUCCGUUAUAAACUACGGAAGUCCUCUUGUCUACCCGUUCUACGCCUUCUUGAACAAAUUCUUGGGUGUGUUGAUUACGGGUAUCGUCAUGAUUGUUCUCUACUGGAAAAAUCAUCGCUGGACUGCCUAUAUGCCGCUCAACGUCAACACGAUCUACGACUCCACCGGAAGUAGCUAUAACCUCUCGAAGAUUCUGGAUUCAAACCACAAGUUUUCUGAGGAGCUUUAUGAAAACUACUCGGCGCCCUAUAUGUCGGCUGGAAAUAUCGUGGGCACGGGUGGCUUGUGGGCAGUCUAUACCUGCACGUUUGUGUAUGUUGUGAUUUCGGAGCACAAGUUGCUGUGGGAGACCUUGAAGAUGAUGUGGGUUUCUAUCCGCCAUCCAAAGCGCUCCUCGCUCCAGGAUUUCAACGACCCGCACUCGAAGCUCAUGUCAAAGUACUCUGAGGUGCCUGACUGGUGGUAUUUUGCCAUCUUCUUCAUCGGCGUCGGGAUGGGCUUUGCGGCGAUCUUUGGCUGGCCCACGACUGUUCCGAUCUGGACCGUCAUUGCGAUCUUUUUGUUCAACAUUGGCAUGCUAAUGCCUACUCUUGUCGUCCUGUCGCGAAGUGGCGUGUCUAUGGGAUUUGGAGCAUUUUCUGUCAUCUUGGCGGGGUACAUGGAUCCAGGCAAUGCAAUCACCAACAUUGUCAUCCGCAUGUGGGGUUAUAACAUUGACGAGCAGGCCGAGAGCUUCAUUGGCGACCAAAAGAUUGCGCAUUACUCGCGCAUCCCGCAGCGAGCAGCUUUUCGAGCGCAAUGCUUGGCCACACUAAUUCAGUGCUUCUGCUCGGUCGGCGCCGUCGAAGCGCUUUUCCACUCGGUCAAAGAUUUCUGCACGACGACGCAGAAGGAUAAGUUUGUGUGCGCGUUCCCGCGAACUGUUUACUCUGAUGCGAUUAUGUUUGGAGUAGUCGGGCCGCAGCGGGUGCUGUCGGAUGUAUAUCCUGCGCUCAAGCAUGCGUUCUGGAUUGGGGCGGUGAUUGCUGUUCCGUUUGGGCUUUUGCGGUUGAAGUUUAAGAACAGAUGGACCUGGUUUGAUCUCCCGCUUAUUGGCUACGGCACGAUUUUCUGGGGCUCGACUUAUAACUUGGUCUACUACAUCCCGGGCUUUUACUUCUCGUUCUUCUUCAUGUACUACAUCCGCAAGCGCUACACGGGAUGGUGGUCAAAGUACAACUACAUUCUCACGUCUGGAUUGUCGGCCGGUGUUGCGUUUGGUGGCGUAAUCAUCUUUGCAGCGCUGCAGUACCCUCAAGUCUCGCUUUCGUGGUGGGGCAAUAGCGUGUACGCAGCCGGAGUCGAUUACGCAAGAACAGCGGCGUUGAAGGAAAUCCCAGAGGGCGGAUUCGGCUUGCCCGUCGGCAAGUUCCACUGA